AUGUCGCCCCAAAAGUUGCGUGUCGGUAUCGCCGGUCUUGGCCGAAUGGGCCAACGCCAUGCAUUCAACUACCAUGCUCUCACUCCUCAUGCUGAGGUAGUGGCAGCGAGCUCUCCUGAUUGGAACGAGCACAAGUGGGCCGCGGAGAACCUCACAAACGCACGCAUCUACAAAGAUUACUAUGAGAUGCUCGAGAAGGAGAACCUAGACGCAGUUGUCGUCGCUGGUAUCACCGCAGUUCAUGCGGAUCACGCAAUUGCCGCCAUCAAGAAGGGACUGCAUGUGAUGUGCGAGAAGCCUUUGUCUUUGGAUACUAAGAUUGCCCAAUCUGUUCUUGACACCUAUAAACAGUCUCUUAAGACUUACCCCAACCAAAAAGUCAUGUGUGGCUUUUCACGUCGCUUUGAUGAUUCCUACCGUGAGGCUUACAAGCGAAUGGUGUCAGGAAAACACGGCCGCCCAGUGGUCUUCAGAUCGCAAACGGCAGAUGCCCUUGACACAACUGGCACAUUUGUAAACUAUGCCAAAACUAGCGGAGGAAUUUUCCUCGAUUGUUCCAUCCACGAUAUUGACUUGAUGCUUUGGUUCAUGGGAGAGGACACCAACGUCAAGAGUCUGCAAGCAGUUGGCGUCACUGCCGUUCACUCUGGACUAGAUUCUAGCAAGGAUCGCGACAAUGCUAUUGCUACAAUUGAGUUUGAAGGUGGUAAAAUCGCUACGCUGUUCUGUACGCGCAUCAUGGCUGCUGGACAGGAAGAUACAACUGAGAUCAUCUGCGAGAAAGGUUCGCUAAGAGUCAACAUGCAAGUUCGGAAGAAUCAUGUUGAGAUUCACGACUCUCUGGGUGCUAGACGGGAUCUUCCUGCACAUUAUUAUGAGCGUUUCCGUGAGGCUUUUCUUACAGAGGCUAAUGAGUUCACUGCUUGUUGUUUGGAUAAUACACCUGCGCCGAUUACUCUUACUAGCUCGGUGAAGGCAGUUGUCAUUGCUUCGGCUUUGCAGCGCAGUUUGAUUACCGGGGAGAAGAUCGUUUUUGAGUCUGUGAAAGAUGCCAAGCUUUAA